AAAGAUCUAACUAGAGUAUUAAUCAUAAAGUUAAUAAAUUAGUUGCCUAUCUAUUUAUCAGGUCCAGUUUCACUAAAGCAAUUUUAUAACUGGUUGCUUAACUUAGACCAUUACGAGAAGGUGCUCGGUCGUUGUUUUGGUGUCUCUAAUUUCCUAUUGUCAGACUUUGUCGAAUUUAAUUUCCUAUUUUCGCGGUUUGUACCAAGUGAAAUCCUGCCUCAACUAGUCAAUAAUAGGAGACGGGAAAGUUGAUUUGGCUUACCCCUGAUCGUGGCCCGCGCUAAAUGGGAGCAAUUUGAUCACCAGCAAACGGACGGGGAGCACCAACCCAGCGUUUCGAUCUAUAAUUAUUGUCGAAGCAUGUAUUCACGCUUACUCAAUUCAUGGCGUGUGAAUAAGGUAGCACCCCAACUCGACACCACGAUGGACGAUGCAGUUGUGGCGCGACGACGACGCGUCGAGGCUCGAGCUGUCGGGCGCACGCCCGAGGAGCACGCGGCUCUAGAGCGGGCCCUCGCGAGACGACGAGCCCGAUUACACAAUGAAACUCAACUACCCCGCCCAGUUCAGCGUCAUCAUCUAUCGCCAGUCGAGAAUGUGAAUCCCAGGCGUCUACGUUCUGAGCUGCUAGGUACCAAUGGCUCUCAGGCAAGGGUGGGCGACCGUGAAGACUCUCCUCCAGCCGAGAUGCCCGAGCAUCUACAUGAGAUUGACGACUCGGAAAUCUACACAAUAUUCAAGAUGUGCCAUAAACCCCAUCCUUUCAUACACGGCCGAUCGUCGUUUCCCCAUUUCGAUUAUGCCAUGUUCCGCGCGAAAGUCGCCGCCGCCAAAUCUAGCCCGGCUCUUCCCGCCUUGGGCGUUCCACCUACGAGAAGAUGGAAGCCAGGAUACAACCCGCGUAAAGUUCGCGGUGCGGGAUGGCAUAAGCGCGGAUAUCGAGAUCUCGGAAAUAUGUGGAUCAACGUGAGAGACGGCAGCUACGGACAUACUCGCGGAAGGGACGUAUACGAGAACCAGACGUUGUCGCAAUUUGCUCAAUUCGUCUUUUUUGAUUGGGAAUCGGAAUUCCCCGAGGGCUGGUAUUGCGACAUGUUCUUCAGGAAGAAGUCUGUCACUCGGUUGCUUGUCGAUCUCGAGAACUUGGGGCUGGAUAUGGAGUUGGUUCUUGUCAAAGACUACUUCGACGGGGGAGAGACGGUCUAUAUGAAGCUUUACGACCAAGAUGGAGAAGAGCAAAGCCGGGUACCUUUUGGGUGAGGGCAUCACCGGGAAAAAUUAGAUUACUCAUUGAGCGAGGACGGAACCUGUCUCGCGACUCAAGGCCUAAAGUUGAACUCAAGGGAAAUAUAUAUUGACA